AUAAUAAAAAGUCACUGAGGUUAAUGGUUUGCUUUAAUGUCUUGGAAUAUAUUAUCCACAUCCAUUGUAAAUAUUGCUGCACUUUUUCAAUAAAUAUCAACAAAGGCUAGUGCAGUAUCGAGGUGUUCUUUCACGUUUUCAUCAUGUUAAUUGCAGAGUAUUUCACGGGCAAACAUAUUUUUAUCACAGGGGGUACAGGAUUUAUGGGGAAAGUGUUGAUUGAAAAACUUUUAAGGUCAUGUCCGACUGUGGGCAAUAUCUAUAUUUUAAUUAGAGAGAAGAAAGGACGAUCUAUACAGGAACGUAUAGAGUCGAUGCAAAAUUUGCCAAUUUUCCAAUUGCUUAAAAAGACAAAUCCAGAUGCGUUUAAAAAGAUGAUACCGAUAAGGGGAGAUGUUACAGAUGUAGAUUUAGGUUUAAGCGCAGAUGAUCGAAAAAUGUUAAUAGAAAACGUCAACAUAAUCUACCACAGUGCUGCUUCGGUACGUUUCGACGACUUUCUCAAGGACGCAAUUCUUAUAAAUAUACGUGGCACCAGAGAAGUUGCUCAGUUAGCUCUAGAGACCAAAAAUCUCGACUUCUUCUUGCACGUUUCUACAACAUUCUGCAAUACCGAUAAAGUUGUAGUAGAGGAAAAGCUUUAUCCACCACAUGGCGACUGGAGAGCGACUAUUAGAUUGGCAGAAGAAUGCGAUGAGGCUCUGUUGUGUGCUUUAAGUGAAAAAUAUAUUCGCCCUCUACCAAAUACUUAUACAUUUGCUAAAUCGUUAGCGGAACAUGUGGUAAACGAUAUGUGUUUUGGAAAGGUACCAGUAGUCAUAGCUCGCCCAUCUGUGGUGGUUUCAACACUUACAGAACCAAUUGAAGGUUGGAAUGCCAAUUUUAAUGGUCCUGUUGGGUUGUUGGUUGCAGGCGGAAAAGGAAUACUACGAACAACAUUUGGAAACCCUGUGGAGACUUCUGAUUAUAUACCAGUAGAUCUAGCAAUUAAAGUGAUAAUAAUGGCAACCGUCAGAUAUGGAGGAAUAGUAAGAGAAAGUGAAAGUAUUGAAGUGUUAAACUUAGCACAAGGAAACAUCGCCAGGCUGACUCUGGGGGAGUUAGUCCAAAUGGGCAGGAAACUUAUCUUGGACACACCUUUUUCUACAAUUAUGUGGUAUCCUAGAUUCAGUAUAACAAAUUGUUGGUACAAUUUUUAUAUACAAACCGUACUUUUUCACAUGGUUCCAGCCUUCUUCGUGGAUCUUAUGUUAAGACUGGUUGGGAAGAAACCUAUGAUGUUCUCGCUUCAAAGGAAAAUAUAUAUAGCAAAUAUGAUCUUGCAGCCAUUUUUGUCCUUCACUUGGAUUUUUCUUAACGACAAAGCUACAGCCUUGAGACAUUCGGUAACAGAAGAAGGCUUUACGGCAGAUCUGGACGCCAUGGACAAGGAGAGAGUCUAUGACUACUUUAGAAAGUCAAAAUGGGGAGCGGCUCUGUAUAUUCUUAAAGAAGAUUUUGAUUUUACUCGUAGAAAGUCAAGAAAAAAUUUGAGAAGGUUAUGGUAUUUAGACAUUGCAGCGAAGCUAAUCCUCUUCUGCUUUCUUGUAUGGAUCCUAACGUUCAAGUUGCAGAUUAUUUCUCGUGUAUUUAUUGCAGUUCAAAACUACUAUACCAAUUUAUAGAGAAGAAGAUAACACGAGACGUUUCCGUUAUCGACGGGAGCUAAAAGAAGCUUACGAGUACUUAUCUAUUAUAAAUAGCUUUUCGCUUUAUAGUGGAGUAAAUGUAGUAUUUACGUUGCCCUUAUAGUCGAGGCAUUUAAGGAUUGAAGUUUCGAUUUUUUUGCAGUAAGACGGAUUUUAAUGCGGAUUGGUGCGUUUGAUUCGUGAGAAUGUCAGGACCCCGCACAAACCUUAUGGAAAAUAGGUCCCAGUGGAUUUCGUUCAUACUUUGGGAAAAUACUCUUUGAAGCAUCCUGAUAAAAAGUUCUCAUGGGCACAACUCAAUCGUAUGAAGGAUUUUCAAGAUAUAGGGGCCCAAACUCGGAAAAUUAUAAGAUUUACGGAUAUUCCAGUUCCGUGAGUUACUGGUUAUUUGGCAACAUGUAGAAGUUUGGAUCAAGGAAAAGUACUAGUAGUCUAGGAUUUUUUCCUGGCUAUCCAAUGGCGACCUUUACUUUGACCUUGACCUUCAACGGACGUCAUCUUCUAGAGUUUCGAGGGUUUUCGGCAUUCAAUUGAUAUAAACAGAUUACUCAUUGGUUUUUGGGAUCGCUAAACACGAAUAUUAGGGUGGGUCGAAAAACAAUAAUGUUUCAUUUUUUAAUCGCUAUACCGCGGAAAACUUGCCUUUGGAGUAUAUAAGUAAAAUGCAAAGUCAAAUAAAGUUAUAUAUUGAACCCCCAGCUAGCGCAUCACACUUAAAAUUUAGUUUUUUUCAGAAAUCAAGACAUUUUUCAAUUAUUUUUAAAAUCUUUACCCAAUAAUAUUUGAACGUGCUAUAGUGAAAACUGUUUAGUUAAUAGUUUAAAAAAUAAGAAAUAAAUUUGAAACAGACAAUAUCUUUUAAUUUGCGGUAGCGCAAAAUACUCAAAAAUUGUUAAAAUUCACAUAUUAGCACCUUAAAAGAAGGUGUGGUCUAGUGUGUUGUGUUGGGUGUAAUUAGCACAAUCCAUUUUUUGUUCUUUUACUUUACACUCCAUUUAAUUGGAAUAUAAUUAUUAUAGUGUGUUUAAGGUUAUAAAUGAUAUAAAUAAAACAACUUAUAAUUUUAAUAACAUGUUUAAUUGAAAAAAAAAAUAAACCAAAUUAUAGAAAAACAAUGUCAACAAAUUAAAUGAAAUUUUGACUUUAGAAAGAGUCUUUUACUCACUAUUUCUGAGUGGGUACGUUGAAGCUGCGCUUGCUGUCAAACUUUGGCAUCGAAGCUCUGGAUGCUACGGCAGAUCUUAUGAAACCAUCUCAUUACUUAGCACCGACGACUUUUUUAGAUGCUUCAGUGACUUACUUGACGCAGCGUUCCACGGCUUGACUAUGACCUUUAAAAUUUUCCAAAGUUCCAAUCCUCGGGUGUUUCACCAGCAGCGAUUUUAACCCAAACUUCAUCAUCAGAGACUCUCCGUAACAGUGAUGGUGGUGUAAUUUCAGUGGUGUUCCAAUCAAAUAAUUCAGUAGAGUCAGUCGCAUGAAAGGUGAUUUUUGGAGGUCGAAAAACCCUAAUUGUUGCUGUUUCCGUAGCUAACAUAUUUGCUUUGAUUAUUCUUCGGAAUCCUAAUUCUCUUAUGUGUUUCCCUUCAUCCACUAUCAUCCUCAGUAGCAAAUUUUCUGGGUGAGAAAAAUGCAUUUCUUUCGAUUACAAGAUCAACUACUUUAAUCAAAUUCUCUGGUAGAAAUCUGGUUGAUUUGAUAGCCUCAAAAACGUAUUCAGGUCCAUCUGUUAUGUAUUUGCUGUACUUUAUUUUGAACCAUACAGGCAUGCAUGAUUUAAAAAUGAAGGAUACUAACAAUUUAUGUUCAACUGAAGACGUUUCCACACUUACAUACAUUUUCAAAACUCUGUUCAUCAUCCAGCCUCAAAAGUCCACUGCUGAACAUAGGCCUCCUCCCCUCGUUUCCAACCCCAUCUAUCCUGCGCCGCUCUCUUCCAGUUUUUAUUUACCUUUCUUAAGUCGUCAGUCCAUCUUGUAGGCGGUCGACCGACGCUUCUCUUGGCCUCCAUUCCAAUAACCUCUUCGUCCAUCGCCCAUCUGUCAUUCUGGCUAUGUGACCUGCCCAGCUCCACUUCAACCUGGCUAUCCUCUCGAUGACGUUAGUCACUGGCGACUGACGUCAAGGUGACUGACGUCAAAACUCUGUUAGCUGUAGUCAACCAUCGAGAGUGGGAAAAUGGACCCGGCUCUCGAACAGAUAAGUCCACAGGGCAGUUGCCUGACUUUAUCGCACAACUUAUGUCUAGAAGAUACUAUUCAUCUUUACUCAAAAGAUUGCGAUUAACUAGUCCACCUAGUGGUUAGGAACGAGAUGGUUUCAUAAGAUCUGUCGUAGCAUCCAGAGCUUCGAUGCCAAAGUUUGACAGCAAGCGCAACUUCAACGUACCCACUCAGAAAUAAUGAGUAAAAGACUCUUCCUAAAGUCAAAAUUUCAUUUAAUUUGUUGGCAUUGUUUGGCUACAAUUUGGUUUCUUUUUUGUUUCAAUUAAACAUGUUAUCAAAAUUAUAAGUUGUUUUAUUUAUAUCCUUUAUAACUAUAAACACACUAUAAUAAUUCUAUUCCAAUUAAAUGGGGUGUAAAGUAAAAGAACAAAAAAUGGAUUGUGCUAUUUACACCCAACACAACAUACUAGACCACACCUUCUUUUAAGGUGCUAAUAUGUGAAUUUUAAUAAUUUUUUAGUAUUUUGCGCUACCGCAAAUUAAAAGAUAUUGUCUGUUUCAAAUUUAUUUCCUAUUUUUUAAGCUAUUAACUAAACAGUUUUCACUGUAGCACGUUCAAAUAUUAUUGGCUAAAGAUUGUAAAAAUAAUUAAAAACUGUCUUGAUUUCUGAAAAAAAAAAACUAAACUUUAAGUAUGAUGCGCUAGCUGGGGUUCAAUAUAUAACUUUAUUUUACUUUGCAUUUUACUUAUAUACCCCAAAGUCAAGUUUUUCGCGGUAUAGCGAUUAAGAAAUGAAACAUUAUUGUUUUUCGACCCACCCUAACGAAUAUGCCAUCAGAAUUGCCCUCUGGAUGACGUGGUGGCCAGGGCCUCUGCAAGGGUCGUCAUCUUCUAAAGUUUCGACGGUUUUAGGCAUUUAAUUGAUGCAAAUGAAUUACUGGAGGGUUUUUUGAGGUCGCUAUACACGAAUAUUCCACCAGAACCGACUCCCGGAGCACCUAAUUUCCAAGAUCAAUGAAAGUGACUCCUGGAGCUCAGAGGGUCUUUGGUACUACAUUAAUGCAAACGGAUUAGUUAUAGAUUUUUGGGGUUGCUGAACACGAAUACGUGAUCAGCACAGACACAGGAGCACCUGGUGCCUAAGACAGGUUAUCAUCUGGACUUUCGUAGGAAUCAUAUGGAUUACUCUUAGGUUUUUGGGGUUGCCGAACAUACAUACAUGCAUACUACCGAACAUGCACUAUGGCACGUCAUCUUCUGGAGUUUCGAGGGUUUUCAGCAUUAAAUUGAUGAAAACGGAUUACUCAUGGCUUUUUGGGGUCGCUUACGCCCAUACGCCAUCAGAUUCGACCCAAGUGUUUUUAACAAAUGCUUUAAUAAGUGUCAUAUUUGGACAAAGACCUCCCCAUGAGUUUUCUAUUCUUCUCUGUUUUGUGCUAUUUGGUGCCAGUUUCUCCCCAUUUUUGCUUUGAUGUCAUCUAACCAUCGUUUUUGUAAUAGCCUUCCUCUACUACGACUAUACUUGCGUGGUCUCCAAUGUACAAUGUUUCUCGUCCACCUGUCGUUGUUUUGCCGUGCCACGUGUCCUACCCAGUUCCAUUCCAUUUGAGCAAUUCGUCCAAAUACAUCUUCCACCUUCAUCCUGCUUCGCACGUCCUCGUUUUGUUUAUGCUCUUUCAGAGAUACUCCCAAUAUAGAUCGUUCGAUGGCCUUCGAACGUUGAUUUACCCAAUAUCAAACCUUAAUUUUCUUUUAAUUUUAGAUAACGUAUUGUUGUUUCCUAUCUGUGACUUAUUUGAAUUGGAUUUUUAGAUUUGAAUCAAUCAGAUGCUAGCUAGAAACCCCAGAAGAUGACGUGCCUUAGGUACCAGGUACCCGGUGUCUGUUCUGAUGGCGUAUUUGUGUUUAGAAACACCAACAACUAAUGAGUAAUACCUAUCUGCAUCAAUUUAAUGCCGAAACCUGUCGAAACUCCAGAAGAAGACCUGCCUUAGGCACCAGGUGCUCCUUUCAUUGACCUUGAAAACCAGGUGCUCCGGGAGUCGGUUCUGGUGACAUAUUCGUGUUUAGCGACCUCAAAAACCCCUCCAGUAAUUCAUUUGCAUCAAUUAAAUGCCGAAAACCAUCGAAACUCUAGAAGAUGACGUCCCUUGCAGUGGCCCUGGCCACUAUGUCAUCCAGAGGUCAAUUCUGAUGGCAUAUUCGUGUUUUGCGAUCCCAAAAACCCAUGAGUAAUCUGUUUAUAUCAAUUUAAUGCCUAAAACCCUCGAAACUCUAGAAGAUGGCGUCCGUUGAAGGUCAAGGUCAAAGUAAAGGUCGCCAACGGGAUAGCCAGGAAAAAAUCCUAGACUACUAGUACUUUUCCUUGAUCCAAACUUCUAUAUGUUGCCAAAUAACCAGUAACUCACGGAACUGGAAUACCCUGUAAAUCCUAUGAUUUUCCGAGUUUGGGCCUCUAUAUCUUGAAAAUCCGUCAUACGAUUGAGUUGUGCCCAUGAGAACUUUUUAUCAGGAUGCUUCAAAGACUAUUUUCUGGUCCCAAAGUAUGAACGAAAUCCACUGGGACCUAUUUUCCAUAAGGUUUGUGCGGGGUCCUUUUGUGAACUAAUGUAAUGAAUAAGAAAUAUCAAAUUGCAUUUGUGCAUAAGAAAAAUGCAUUUCAAAAGUGCAUCUUGAAAUAGGCAAUUAUUAUAAAUUUGCAACUCGGUAAAUUUUCUUACUCGGGGGUUUUUGGGGUCGCUGAAAACGAAUAUGAGGUCGGCGAGCGUGUGCAAACUACCUGGUGCCUGCAGCGGGUGUAAUAAACGUCUUUCUCUGGAGUAUUAUGGUAAUUUGUUAAAUAGUUGGCCCAAACUUGUAACUCGGGGGGUUUUUGGGGUCGCUAAAAAUGAAUAUGAGGUCGGCAAGAGUGUGCAAAGUACCUGGUGCCUGCAGCGGGUGUAAUAAACGUCUUCCUCUGAAGUAUUAUGGUAAUUUAUCAUAUAAUUAGUUUAAAUUCGUUACUCGGGGGGGGGGGGUUUGUGGUAAUCUAAUGUAACUAUAGAACUAUAGUGAUCGAAAAGGGUGGUAUUUUUAUUAUAAAUAAACAUAAAUUUUUAGUAUUAUAAUAUAUUUAUGGUUAAAAAAGUUCAUUAUACAAAAUUUAUUAUAAUUUAUCUUUAAAAUUCAUUUUCUUCAUCAUUAUCAUCUUUUUCUUCAUUAUUGCCUUCCUCUUUUGAGUCCAAUGCAAUAUUUGUGCAAUCAGAGCCUGCACAAUUUUUGCAGGCUAAAUUACAAACUAACCCAUGCUUCCUGCUCCCGCAUGAGUUGCCGCAGUCUGACUUACAACUACAGAAUAUUAAAUUUAAAAUGUUUGGAGGACCAGGUGGCUGAGUCAUUCUAACUGGAAUUAAUACAUUAUUUUGUAAUUCCCAUCCCCAAUCGGCUGGGUUCAUGUUACUGUUCUCUCCAUGCAGCCAAAUUUGUGUUAGUAAAUAUACCAUUUUUAAAUGUUGGGUAAAUGCAUCAACAGAUAAAAGAAUUUUUCCAAUGACAAUCUUUUUAUUUUUGGCAAUAGUCAUUAAGUACGUUCUGUAUCGGUAAGUUUCAGCUAAUUGGAUAUUACUCAGUUUAAACGGCUCAGGAAUAUUCGAUUUCCUGAAAGUUAUCGGGGCAUUGUACAUAGCCAUAAGAAAUUGGCAGCCGUGGUCAAUAAUUUCAUUAAGGGGUACAACAUACAGUAAACCAAAUGUGCUUGAGAGUCUGGCAAAACCUCCCAAAACCCCGAGUAAUGAGUUUAAGCCAUUUAUAUGAUAAAUUAUCACAAUACUCCAGAAAGAGACGUUUAUUACACCCGCUGCAGGCACCAGGUAGUUUGCACACUCUCGCCGACCUCAUAUUCAUUUUCAGCGACCCCAAAAACCCCCGAGUAAUGAGUUUAAGCCAAUUAUAUGAUAAAUUACCACAAUACUCCAGAGGAAGACGUUUAUUACACCCGCUGCAGGCACCAAGUAGUUUGCACACUCUCGCCGACCUCAUAUUCGUUUUCAGCGACCCCAAAAACCCCCCGAGUAAGAAAAUUUACCGAGUUGCAAAUUUAUAAUAAUUGCCCAUUUCAAAAUGCACUUUUGAAAUGAAUUUUUCUUAUGCACAAAUGCAAUUUCAGAUUUCUUAUUCAUUAUAUUAGUUCACAAAUUUUCCUGACAUUCUCACGAAUCCAACGCACCAAACUGCAUUAAAAUCCGUCUUACUGCGCCAAAAAUCGACAGUAAGGCCUUUUUUUGUGCUUCAAUGCCUCGACUAUUAAUAAUUGUAAAAAAUCAAGGGCAACUCCUUAUAUAUUUGUUAAAAAUUUUGUUUAAAAAUUUUGUUUGUUAAAAAUUUAGUUUGUUUUCCAAAAAAACAUAUUUUUUAUAAAUAAAAAGAUGUAAUAUAA